CAACAGCCAAACCCCCAAAUCGAGAAGAACAGGAGAAACAAAAAAAGGAGAAGAGUUGAAAAAUGGAGAAGAGCGACAGAGUGAUUCUACAUGGAAUGUGGGCAAGUACAUACUCCAGAUGGGUCGAAAUCGCCCUUAAACUUAAGGGCAUACCCUACGAAUACAUCGAAGAAGACCUUCAGACCAAGAGCCAAUCCCUCCUUCAGCUCAACCCCGUCCACAAGAAGGUCCCGGUCCUCGUCCACAACGGUAAACCGAUCGCUGAAUCUCUCGUGAUUCUUGAGUAUAUCGACGAAACGUGGAAGAAUUCUCCGCGAUUGUUACCAGAUGAUCCCUAUGGGAGGGCUCAAGUCCGGUUCUGGGUCAGCUACAUUACCCAACAGUUGUUCGAGUCCACGGGCAAAGUCAUGUCCAGAGAGGGCGAGGCUCAGGCGGAGGCUGUGAAGGAGACUCGAGGGAGGAUCAGGGUCCUUGAGGAAGGACUCAAGACGCAUUUCUCAAUGGAUCAAGAUUCAAGUGAAGUCGGAGGAAACGAUUCAGCACUUGUUGAUAUAAUACUCGUUUCGACUUUGGGAGUUCACGAAGCCUACAGCGAAGCGCUCGGCGUAGAGAUCAUUGAUCCGGUGGAAACUCCGGUCACGUUCUCGAGGGUGGAACGCGUGAGAGAGCUUCCCGAGUUCAAGGAAGUCGCGCCGCCUCACGACAUGUUUGUGAAGCGUAUGCGGAACUACAGGCAGGGGCGUCUAGAACGGGCUGUAACUUCGUCUUGAGGAUGAAGAUUUGCGGACAUAGUGCCAUGUGAAAUGUGUAAUUUGGAAAUAUGUCUCUGUUGCAUGUGUUUGUGUGUUGUAUGCAAAAAUAAUUCACCAGACACUAAUAUACCUUUGCUUGCAGAAACCAUCGAUGAUUUAUUGAAUA